AUGUCGAAGGAGCGCACCCUGAGCGAGGAGAGGGAGAGGCACCUGUCGAAGUUCGCGGAGCGGCAGGGGCAGACCGAGGCGGUAGAGCUGGGCACGGCAACCGUGUGGAUCGAGCGGCUGAACGGGCUGUGGAAGCUGAAGGAGCCCAGGCGGAGCGGAAGACUCGCGAUGCUGUUUCAAAACAGCUGGUUCGAGGUCUUCGUCCAGGUCAUAAUCAUGGUUAACUGCAUCUUCAUGGCACUGGCCGCAAACAGCGAGAUGACCAAUUGGGACGAAGACCAGAAUCCCCUCAUCUUGCCCCUGGAGAUCGUCUUCCAGGUGAUCUACACAGUGGAGCUGGUGGCGAAGCUGUACGUUCAUGGGUGGUACUUCUUCUGGAACGAGGACUGGGCCCUGAAUAUGCUAGAUUUCACGCUGGUUUUCACAGGCGCCCUGGACAUAGUUCUCAGAUUGGGCAAAUUGUGGAACGUCACCUACAUGCGCAGCCUGCGCGUCGUGAAAGUGGCCAAGGCCCUGCGCCUGGUCCGCGUGAUCACCGGGGCCGUGCAGCUGCGCAACAUCUUCAUUUGCAUAAUCGGGUCUCUAAUGAAUUUUAUCUGGAGCAUCGUCAUGAUCGCGGUGGUCCUGUACAUGUUCUCCCUGGGCAUGGUGAUCAGCGCCGCGACCCACCUCCAGGAGAUGGGCGAGGGUACGACAGACUCCGAUGAGAAAGUGCGCGUGGAACUCCUGUCGAUGUACGGCUCCGUUCAACAGUCGAUGCUCACCCUGUACAAGGCGACGACAGGCGGCGAUGACUGGUCCCUGUCCUUCAACGCCAUCUCAAACACAGGUUGGGUCGCCUCGGCAGUCUAUCUCAUUUUCGUUUCAUUCAUGCACAUCCCGGGGAACCGGAUCAUAACGGGCAUCUUCGUGGACACGGCCCUCGAGAGGUUGGCCCCAGACCGGGAGGCCAUGGCCCUGAGCCGUCGCAAGGAGGAUGAGAUGGUGGCCCUGGAGCUGCGUAAGUUGUGGAGGGAGGUGGGCGAGGAUGACGAGUUCAUUUCGGCCGCGGACUUCCACAGAGGCCUCCGCGAUGACAGGAUACCUGCCUGGUUUCAGCACGUGGGGCUCUCUCUCGACAACGUCAUCCAAUUCUUCGGCGUCCUGUGGAGGAGCUCGGAAAACGGCAAGGUGCGCAUAAAUAAUUUCGUGCACGGCUGCAUGCGGCUGAAGGGUUCGGCCUCUAGCUUCGACAUCCAAGAGCUGCGGUCGGAGGUGUCUACCAUAAGCAGAAAGGUAGAUCGCCUGGGGCUCACCUGA